GUAAUUAGCAUAUAUGACGUCAUCAAGCCUACAAGCUAAUGGCGUUCCCUGCAUAGUACUGAGGACUGCCUCCUGGAUGCCUUUUGACAGCUCGCAACAGGACGUCAGGGGACGGUAUGGCCGGGGUAUUUCCUGGCGACGUGUCCCCGGCCGUUCGCCUCUGCCAUCUGAACGACCCUUCACGUGGGGUGACCUCAACAUGACCACAUGAUCCAGGUCGCAAUAAUAAUGCGGGGGAGAGAGAAAACCAACAUCCAUUGAUGUUCUCGCCACUAAUGUGCAGCUAAAUCAACGAAGAUGUGUUGGUUUCAAAUCUUCCUGAUUGUCAGUCUUGUUGACUGGGUGAGAUGUCAAGAGAGCCAACACAUGACAACAGAGGAGAUGAACACAAUCAGGGAUCGAAUAGUUGAGAUGUUUGAUCAUGCUUAUGGAAGUUACAUGAAAUACGCCUAUCCGGCCGACGAGCUGAUGCCCCUAAGCUGCAAAGGGAGAGUCCGAGGCCAGGAGCCUAACCGAGGCGACAUUGACGAAUCUUUGGGGAAGUUCUCGCUUACACUGAUCGACACGCUCGAUACCCUGGUGGUAUUAAACAAGCUGGAUGAGUUUGAAGAUGGCGUGAGGAAAGCGGUGCAGGAUGUACGCCUGGACAAUGACGUGGUGGUAUCGGUGUUUGAGACCAACAUCAGAGUUUUGGGGGGCCUUUUAGGGGCCCAUGUAAUGGCUGACCUGCUCCGUCAGCGAGGGGGGAGGAUGCAGUGGUAUGAAGAUGAGCUCCUCAACAUGGCGACGGAGCUCGGCCAUCGAUUACUACCUGCCUUCAACACCUCAAGUGGCCUUCCUUACCCCAAGGUGAAUCUGCGUUACGGUGUCCAGAACCCACUUUCCCGUACGGGCACAGAGUCGGACACGUGCACAGCUUGCGCGGGAACGAUGAUCCUGGAAUUUGCGGCCCUGAGCAGACUGUCAGGAGAGUCUGUGUUUGAGGAAUAUGCCCGAAGAGCUCUGGAUGUCCUCUGGGAGAGGCGGCAGAAAGGAAGUGACCUGGUGGGGACUGUCAUCAAUAUCCACAAUGGAGAAUGGGUCAGACGGGACAGCGGAGUCGGUGCUGGCAUCGACUCGUAUUAUGAAUACUUAAUGAAGGCCUACAUUCUUCUGGGAGAUGACGUUUUUCUGGAAAGGUUUAACAUUCACUACAGUGCCAUUAUGAAGUACAUCAGUCAGCCUCCCCUGCUGCUUAACGUGCACAUGCACAACCCGACGGUGAGCGUGCGGAGCUGGAUGGACUCGCUGCUGGCGUUUUUCCCCGGCUUACAGGUCUUGAGAGGAGAUCUGAAACCGGCCAUUGAAACCCAUGAGAUGCUCUACCAGGUCACCAAACAGCACAAAUUUCUUCCAGAGGCUUUCACCACAGAAUUCCGAGUUCACUGGGGCCAACACCUCCUGAGACCAGAGUUUGCAGAAAGCACCUACUACCUCUACAAGGCCACCGGCGACCCCUAUUACCUCAGAGUGGGCCAGUCCAUCGUGGAAAAACUCAACGCUUAUGCCCGAGUGCCUUGUGGGUUUGCUGCUGUGCAAGAUGUCCGCACGGGGACGCACGAAGACAGGAUGGACUCGUUCUUCCUGGCAGAGAUGUUCAAAUACUUAUACCUGCUGUUCACGGAGAAGACGCAGCUUCCCAUCGACAUCGACAACUACAUCUUCACCACAGAGGCCCACCUUCUGCCCGUGUCUCUAUCCACUACACAGCCAUCUUGUCUAGGCAACAAAACAGAAACCGAUGCUGAGGCCUACAAAGAAGAUCUCUUCACACACACUUGCCCGAGCAUGGACACGUUGUUCCCAAACAACCCUUCGUUUGCCAAAAGCAUCCGGGACGGCUACAAGUACCUGACGGGGGUUGGGCGAGCUGUCCAUCAUUCACCUAUCAGACAAAUUGAAUUACCAUUUCAUGAUAGUGGCAUCGAGCCAGUGGAGUUCCUAAAAAGAAUGGGCAUUUCCCUCAUGCCGCUGAAUGAUUUCAGUACAGGAGACAGCGGAAAAGAGCAUAAAGGAGUCUACCGGAUGAAACUUGUAGCUGAGGUGAGACAAACGUUUGAGGAGGAGGAGGAAGUGGUGCCUCACGUGGUGCAGCUUAUAUCCCCUCCGUUUCUGGGGAGGACCGUGCUAACGGCGGGCCCGGCCAAGUUUGGGAUGGACCUGACCAAGCGAGAGCACGGUGUGAAGGGCAGCGUAGCGAAGGCGUCCCCUUACACAGCAUGCGGCCCACUCGAGAAUCCGGCUGAGCUGAAAGGCCACAUCGCCCUGGCGCUGCGCGGCGACUGCAUGUUUGGCGCUAAAGCACGCUGGCUGCAGGAGGCGGGCGCCAUAGGAGUCAUCUUCAUCGACCACAGGGAGGGAAGCAACAGCGAGGAAACGCCGCUCUUCCAAAUGGUCGGCGACGGCGGCCCCACCGACGACAUCGCCUUGCCGCUGGUUUUCCUGUUCGGUCGCGAGGGCGCCGUGCUGGCCGCGGCCCUGCAGGAACAUCAAAAUGUCGACGUGCUGCUGCUGCCUCAAGAGAGGCAGCUGGGCCACGGUAAAACAGACAAACCAGUUCUCAACAUUAAACUCAGACUUUCCGAAGAGGAGGACCUACAGGAGGAGGAAGAGGAAGAGGAGGAGGAUGAAUCUGAAUCCAGCAAGACCACGCUGGCGGUGCUUCUCGAUGAAAGUGAGGAUCUCAAAUGAGAUGAACAUCCCGAGUAGCUUACGUUGCACUAUAUGGUGUGAAUACGAGCCUUGCAGGUUCAUGUGUAAGAACACAAAACCGUGACCGCACAAGCUUCGGAGAGCCAACGGCCGCACGCCCACAGUGAAAAUGGAGCUUUAAUCCUCUGUUUUGAGAUGAGACUAAAGUAGGUCACUCCGGGCAUAAGCUGUUCUCAUAGUUUUAAUAUUCUGAGCUUGUUGCUGCCUGAUUGAACCUCCUGCGUCGCUUUUGGUCGGCACCUACGACUGACUCGGACUUAACACGAUACCUCACCUUUUGGGAGGAUUCAUGUAAGGUAGAAAAAAAAAAAGUUUUUAAUCUAGAUGUGCACCUUUUUACUCGAGGGUUAAUGAUAAGGAAUGAAUAGCUGCAAUGUGAACGAUUCAAUACGUGAGGAGAUGAUUUGAGUUUGUAUGCAACUUCAGGGAAUUAGGGUAUGAAUAUUUUAUUUUCUGCAGUUGAGAAUGGGUGCGUUGGGAUAUUUUUUUUUUUCAUCACAAUGCACAAGAUUUCAGUCUCAACUUCUAUGUUAAGACAAUAUAGCCAGAAUUCUGUCUUCACUUUGUCACAUUCCAAGAAAGGAAGAAACAGUCUUGUAUUUUCAGGCAACAACGUUAUUGUGCCAGUUUCAAAGUGUGCAAUAUUUAUAGGACUUGAAAUGAUUUGCGUUAAAGUACGGAUGAGUUACUAUAAGAUAGUUCUUGAUGCUAGAAUAUGAAGAAAAAGAAAAGAAAAUCACACGACUUAGACCAUACAGCUGUUUUUUUCCCCCCCUUUGUUUGCACAGUGAAACCUUUCCAUCAUGCUGCUCAUUUUCAAUUUUUUGUUCACUCAUCCUAAUGAUUGAAUGCACCCUAUUUUUGAGUUUAUGAAGUAGGGGACUUGGACAUUUAUACCUCAGGACUGCUGUUCACACAGAAAUGGAUAGGAUAUGAAUUUUCAAUUGUAUUUUCCUGUUUUUGUACGGCAGUCGUCAGUUUCCGAAGCUGUCACGCCAUGAGUGGCUGAAAUGUGCCCCGCCCAAAAAAAAAAAAAAGAUAAAAGGCCCCUGUCUCAGAACAAAAGCAUAAUAAAAAAAAUAUAAUUCC